AUGGCCGAAUCAAAUGACAACAUCAAUGAACCAGCUGCCGCUGAUGAACUAGUGAACAGAGACAAUGAUAUGUUAGAAAAUAUGUCGGUUACUGGAUUUUCUGAAGCAACUGAAAAUAAUGUAAUUGCUUUGCUGACUAUUCCAACACAAGGUAUAAUUCCUGUUUUGCCUAAUGAAAGUCAAUCAACUUCUAAAGAUUGUCAUAGUGCGUCAAUCAAAGAUCUGUUCCUAAGAGGUCCUGAUGUAGAGUCAGAUGUCCAACCAAGUUCAGAAAAGAACAACCAAGGAGCAUCUGUAGCAUCUGGCCUUGCUGAAGAAGGAUCAACAAAUGCGCAUGCUAUGACAACAAGGUCGAAGAUAAAGACAAAUAAAAGCAAGGCUUCAAAAAUAAAUAGUCAGCAACAUAGAUCAGUAAUGCGAAGUUUGAUAACAUCACGCAGUGGUACAAUUCGGUCGCGAUCUUCAUGCUUAACAAGAAUGUCCAAUUUGAGUGAUUCACAAAUUGAGAAUAUAUUCGAAACAAGGAUGAAUCAACAAAGGCGCACAGAAUUGGAGAAACAACAAUUGCAAAAUCGCCUAGAAAGUGAGAAACAAAUUUGGGAAAAUAACAAUCAAGUUGAAAACUUAAAUUUAGACAAUGAGUGGCAACAGAUUCUACAAAAACAGCAAGCUGAAGAGCGUAAGAGAAAGGCCGAACUGGAAGCUUUUCAACAUCGUCGCCAACAAAUGCUACAACGAAGAAACAUCGAGAUGGAGCAGUUCAACAAGAGGAAGCAGAUGAACCUACAAGAAAUUGAAGACAAAAAUCAACGUGAACAAUUGGAACUGGACACUAAUUUAAAUGAAACUUUAGCAGAAAGAGGCGUUCUUAUAAAUACGCCCCCUGUUGCUGCUAGUGUCGAAAUCAGUCAGCAGCCAUCAAAUUCCUCUAUGAAACAAACAAAAAUAUUAAAUGUGACCAGUCCAAUAAUACCAGCUUUAAGUACACCAUUUUCAACACCUAAUCAAUUACCUGUCUCUAGAAGUUGUGAUGUGCAUUGUGAGGGCCGACCAAGUGAACGUGUGAACACCGCAGAGCAUGAAAACCGUACUGCCGUACUUCCCGUACACGUAUUGAUGUACUCUCGUACUGACGUACUCUCGUAUCCACGUAUUGUCGUAAUCACGUACUGUUGUAUUAUCAUACCUAUAACAUCGUAUCGACGUAUCUUCAUACACCUGUACUUUCCUGACAAUAAACGACAUCAACUUGUACUGUUAUACGCGUCUUUUUGCAUUGGAGUGACAAAAUCAGUUUACUAA